AUGACUUCAGCGACUCCCCCAUCCUCCAAAGACUCCACCCCUCAGAAAGUCUGUCAUUCCCAGACACAGACUGACAUCACCAAGCCUCUGCUGGGUUCGAUAGGGGGAAUCUUGGGUCCUGGUUCAGGUGGAGGAGGACCUGGAGCUGAAGGAACUAAUGCGCUGCGUAAAAGACGCAGAGUCCUCUCCAAAGAUGGACGAAGCAAUGUCCGGAUUGAGCAUGUCAGUGGCAGAGGAGCCCUGUACCUCCGGGACCUCUGGACAACUUUCCUGGACAUGCAAUGGCGCUACAAGUUCUUCCUCUUUUCUGCUACAUUUGCUGGAACCUGGUUCCUGUUUGGAGUACUUUGGUACCUGGUGGCACUUGUUCAUGGAGAUCUGCUUGAGUUCAACCCCCCCUCCAAUCAUACCCCUUGUGUAAUGGAGGUGAAGACCCUGACGGGAGCCUUCCUCUACUCCCUGGAGUCUCAGACCACAAUUGGCUACGGUUUCCGUUGCAUCACAGAGGAGUGUCCUGUAGCAAUAGUCCUCCUCAUUGUUCAGCUGGUCAUCACCAUGGUGAUGGAAAUCUUCAUCACUGGCACUUUUCUUGCAAAGGUUGCUCGUCCUAAGAAGAGAGGUGAGACAGUAAAGUUUAGUCAACAUGCUGCUGUGUCAAAUCAUGAGGGCAAACCCUGCCUUAUGAUCCGAGUGGCCAACAUGCGCAAAAGUCUCUUGUUAGGAUGCCAGGUGACGGGGAAGCUGCUUCAGACAUCCCUGACAAAAGAGGGUGAAACUGUGCGACUGGACCAACGUAACGUGCCUUUCCAAGUGGACACGUCCAGCGACAGUCCCUUCCUCAUCAUACCUUUGACCUUCUACCACAUCAUCGAUGAAAACAGCCCCCUCAGAGCCUGGGCAGCAAAGGGUGGUGGCUGGACAGACCCUGAAUUGGCGAACUUUGAGCUUCUGGUGAUCAUGAGUGCCACGGUUGAACCGACGUCAGCCACCUGCCAGGUUCGGACAUCCUAUCUUCCGGAGGAGAUCCUCUGGGGAUACGAGUUCCCCCCUGUUGUCUCCCUGUCCCCCUCAGGAAAAUACGUGGCUGACUUUGCAUUCUUUGACAAAGUGGCAAAAACCAAAACUCCACCCUUCUUAAAAGAGGACCUCUCCCCAAACGACAAACCACAGGUGCAAUACCUCAAAGGCAAAGACGAUGGAACGAACCAGGAGAAGUUACAUCUGAAAGAGAACUGCAGGGGGGAGGGUAAAGGACGAGAAAGGGGCCGCAAAAGAGACAGCAGUCCCCUGAGUGUACGAAUUAGUAAUGUGUGAAAUAUGUUCCUAAGAGAGGAUGAGGUUGUAGGAAGAUAAAACAGGACGAAGAUAAAAAAAAUAAGCUGCUAAACAUGAAACCACACUGACAUUUGCCCCACACAUCAACACAACUCUUCUGCCUACACACGAGUUAAAUGUGGAGCAAAAUCAUCCAGAGGAAACCACAAGAAGUAAACACUGAGAA